AAUUCAGACCUAAAAAUACGCCAUACAAUUUUCAGAAUCUUUUUAUUGAAAAUUAUUUUUAAAAAAUUUAAAUUUAAAUUUAAAUUUUCAUUUUCAUCUUCCCUCUUUUUUAUUUUCAUCACUGGAGGGAAAACCAGUAAACUUUAACACUUCAAAACCAAACUUAAAAACAAAUACAUAAACAAUUUUUUUCUCUAUUCUUCCCUGAUUAAGAGAGUAAAUUAAUUUGGGGUUUUUGUUUCUGUUUAUCUAGAAAUCACCCUUAGAAGUUUUUUUUUUUUGUGGGUUUCUUAUUUUCUGUAGGUUGAUCCGAGCAGCUUCAAAAGAGUUCAGUCCAAAGCAUCUUGUCUUUGGCAAUGCAGACCAAGAAGAGAAUUUCUUCAAGGAGUUCCCCCCGAGAGCCUUCAACUAGAACACUGAGAUCUCAGAAGAGGACAUCUGAAAAUGUUCAGGUUGUCGAGAAGAAAUCUGCAGAGUUCAUUACUUCAUCUGCUAGAAAAUCAUCUAAAGGUACGGCUGCAACAAAGAGAGAUGUAAAUUCUACCGACACAAACUUGACCCCUACGUACAACUUGCUGCAAGAUGAUGUUUCCAAUGUGUCUUUGGAUUCUGAUGCAGUUAUUAACGCUUCUAUAGUCCUGAAGGAGCGUAAUGAGGAAACUGCUCAUUGUAAUUCUGGAACUAUCUUCUCACCAUCAUUUCAUUUGUCAAAAGGUGCAGGAGAAGGCAUCCCAGAUGCAGAUGCAGAUACGAAAGAAGUUUGCAUGUCUUCGGAAGUCUCAGCAAUCUAUCUUGCUAUGAAGAACUCAAAGCUUGAAUGUUUAGAUGAGUACGAACAAGAUUCCAUGAUGGUCGAUUCGUCUGUGGAGGAAGAGGAGAGAUACGAGGAAUAUGAUGAUUUUGAUCCAUACUUCUUCAUAAAGAACUUACCUGAAUUGUCAACAGUAGUUCCAACAUUUCGCCGACAUCUGCUACCUAAACAAACACGGAGAUGCCCACCAACUACUCUUGUAUUGGACCUCGAUGAGACCUUAGUUCACUCCAGUUUAGAACCUUGUAACGAUGCAGACUUCACAUUUACCGUAAACUUCAACUGUAGUGAUCAUACAGUAUAUGUCCGAUGCCGCCCCUACCUUCUAGAUUUCAUGGAAAGGGUAGCCAGUCUUUUUGAGAUAAUUAUAUUUACUGCAAGCCAAAGCAUUUAUGCUGAGCAGCUACUCAACGUGUUAGAUCCAAAGAGGAGGGUGUUUCGUCAUCGUGUAUACCGUGAAUCAUGCGUUUAUGUGGAUGGAAACUACUUGAAAGAUUUGACUAUUCUUGGUCGUGAUUUGUCACGUGUUAUCAUCAUUGACAACUCCCCGCAGGCAUUUGGGUUUCAAGUGGACAAUGGGAUUCCCAUAGAAAGUUGGUUCGAUGACCGUUCAGAUCAAGAACUACUAUUGUUACUUCCAUUUCUCGAGAGCUUGGUUGGUGUGGAAGAUGUCCGACCAUUAAUUGCCCAAAAGUUCAACCUGAAACAGAGAAUAGCUGCAGCUGUUUACCCAUCAUCAAACUCGAAUAGAGGGGAUCCUUAUGAGAGGCAUUCAGCCAUUCAGGAAAUCUGUGGUUUGCAACUUUGCAUCCUCUACCACAAAAUUUUGCCCGCUAUUUUGCCUUUUAUUAUUUUCCUUCCAGGCCUGUUAGGAAAGCCUCUUCAUUCACCGUACAAGAAUAUAUACACCCAUCAGAUUGAAUCCCCAUCUUCACAUUUCUUAUUCAUCUCCUUUCUCUCACUUUCCCUUCAUUUUCAAGCUCCCACUUCUACAAUUUUCGAUAUUGCCAAGAUGGAAACCAAUCACGAUGAAACGAGAAGAGAUACGCAACAAGAAUUAAAGCAUCUGGGUUUUGUAAGAGUUGCUGCUGUUAACACAAUCAUGUGUUUAUCAAAUCUGUAUGAUUAUGCUAAGCAAAAUUCUGGGCCGUUGAGAUCAGCGGUUGGAACUGUUGAAGGUGCAGUUACUACUGUGGUCACCCCUGUAUACAAUAAAUUCAAACAUGUCCCCGAUCAUCUUCUCGUUUUUCUUGAUGACCAGGUUGGUGUGGCGCAUGCCAAAUUUGAUGAGCACGCCCCUCCAUUGGCAAAGCAGGUAGCAACCAAAGUUCAUUCCGUGAUCGAUCAAACAGCCCAAUUAGCUAAAGAGGUCAUUCAUCAAGCCCAAGUUGGUGGUCCAUUAGCAGCAGCCCAAUAUGCAGCCAAUGAAUCAAAGGAGGUUGUUCUUAAACAGUCGGUUAAAGUCUGGUCAAAGCUCGAUGAAUUAGCACCCUUCCACAUUGUGGCUGAGAUGACAGUUCCCACAGCCGCACAUUGGUCCGAGAAGUACAACAAAGUGGUGUCAGACAUGCGAGGUAAGGGGCAUAUGGUUUUCAACUACGUUCCACUUGUACCAAUCGAAGAAAUCUCCAAGGCGUUCAAGCAAGUCAAGGGUGGUAAUGAAGGCGAUGCUCCUGAUUCACCAACAGGUGAAGAAUCCGCGUCACAGUAAGUUUGAUGUAGUACUGUAGUUGGGAAUGUGAUUUCUUAAUCUAGUUGUUUUGUUUUAGAGUUGUGGUUUGCAAAUUAUGGAACUGGUGAAUUUGUGCAAUGUAUUGUUGGAGCAAUGUAACAGCUGUGUAUAUGAAGAUUCAAUAUGCUUAAUAAUAUGUGUGAAAGCUUUGCUCCGGUUCUAA